GAAACCGGAUCGCUCAAUGACUCACGAUUUACGCCCGAGGCUACUUGCUCCUCUUUUGCUUUAAGAGGGCCGUUGACUCUAUUUUCAAACUCUCUGGCUUCUAGCAGACGCGAUGCCGAUUGGGGACCUCCUCGCCCAGAUCAGCGGCGGCGAUGGGCCCGCCUCCGCCCCCUCACCGGGCCUCUCACGAGCGAACACUUUGCCCAAGAGAAAGGCCGAUGAGGAUCUUCGCAUGAAUACCUCCAAAACGCCCCGGACAGCAACAUUAUCGAGUUCGGUGGCUCCGCGGCCCGAGGCUGCUCGACCCCACCGGUCGGUCGAGACAUCUGCUCCGCCUUCGAGAUUCAACCAACCAUCACGACCACUCGACCGACCGAGUCCGGCACAGCGACCUAUGAAUGGGAUGAACUCCAAGCAUAGCGUUCUCUCUUCCAGACCGCUAAAUGGAGGCAACCGGGUGCAGAAGUCUACUCCUCCCAGUAGACCUUCACCCGGGCCGUCAAGUGGUCCUGCCGCAUCUCGAGCCGCCCCGAAGAAGGGAUCGUUUGCUGAGAUUCUUGCACGAGGCCAACGUGCACAGGCCGUGAUGGGUCAAGUUGGCAAGAUUCAACACAAAAAGGUUCAGAAAGGUGCUGCUGCUCCUGCUCCGAAGAAGGAUGAGCCCAAGGUCGAUCAGCGGACCCCGAAUAACAGGAAACUGCCGCAGAGACCUUCAGCAUAUUCCGGUACCGCCAAGUCUGGUCAACGGAACGGCGGACCCAUCAACGGAAGUCAGAAGGAUGGGCGUAAUGGCAAGGCGGCCCCAACGAAGGCAGAACUUGCCAAGUAUGCAGCAGAGGAAGAGCGAGAGAAGAAGUUGAAGAAGGCAGCUGCGGCAACGACAGGAUACACCGGUACUGCGAGGCCCAAGCCUGGAAACCCUACCAAGAAGCACAGUGUUGUGAGGGGUGGUGCUCUUCUCAACUCGCGAGCUCCUCGGCCAACCACGUCCAAGUCACGCCUCGACGAUGGGUAUGACGAGGACAUGGAUGACUUCAUCGAUUAUGACGACGAUGAUGACGACGGAGGCCCUCGCUACGAUUAUGCAUCAGACGGGUCCUCUGAUAUGGAGGCAGGUCUUGAUGACAUUGACGUCGAAGAACGUCGAGCUGAAGUCAUUGCUCGCCGUGAGGACAUCGAGGAAGAGCGUUUAGAACGCAGCCUGAAGGCCGCCAAGGAAGACCGCAAGCGGAAAGCCCUCGAUCAACUUCGUGGUGGUCGUCGUCGCUGAUCCUUCCCCCUUCACCACUCGCACCUCUAGUCCUUUGGCUCCUUUCAACGACCUUUUUUACAAUUCACAUUGCGAGAACUCGGCAACGGU